AUGGCUCGCGUUGAAGCUUUGGAUCAGCCUUUUGACUACAUCGUCGUGGGCGGUGGCACUGCAGGCCUGGUAGUUGCUAACCGCCUCAGCGGAGAUCGUGAUGUCCGCGUCCUCGUCGUCGAGGCUGGCGUCGAUCACUCCGUUGACCCGCUUGUUCGAGUCCCCGGCCUGGUCGCUGGCCUAUACGGCAAGGACGAGUACGACUGGAAUUUUUGCUCGCCUCCUCAGCCCACCUUGAACAACCGGCGAAUCAACCAGUCUCGCGGCAAGAUGCUUGGUGGCAGCUCCGCCCUCAACUUCAUGAUGCUGGUCUACCCAUCUAAGGGCAAUAUUGAUUCCUGGGCAGCCCUUGGCAACGCGGGUUGGGACUUUAGUUCCCUGGCCCCUUACUUCCGCAAGUUUGCCACUGUCCACGCACCUUCUCAGAUGGCCCGGGACGUGGUUGGCCUGACCUACCACAACGAGAGCCUAGCAAACGGCGCCGGGCCCAUCCACGUCUCGUUCAGCGAGGGCUAUGGUUCCACUAACAAGGCUUGGAUGAAGACGUUUGCCGAUCUCGGUCUUGACGUCUCGACCGACCCGCGCGAGGGCCAGGCGCUGGGGGCGUUCCAGCAGCCCGCCUCCAUCGACCCGGCAACGAAGACAAGAAGCGACGCUGCUAGCGGCUACUAUAGCCCAGAUGUUGCCAGGAGAACCAACCUGGUGGUGUUAACUGAGGCCGUGGUAAGCAAGGUCAUUUUCGACACGACAGGCGGCUCAGAUGCAGUGGCCACUGGGGUCGAAAUCAUCACCAAAGACGGGCAAAAGAAGGAAAUCUCGGCCAGAACUGAAGUUAUUCUAGCGGCCGGUGCACUGCAGACGCCUCAGAUCCUCGAGCUGUCUGGCGUGGGUGGCCGGGACCUGCUGGAAAAGCACGGCAUUCCCGUGGUUGUCGACAACCCCAACGUGGGCGAGCACAUGCAAGACCACCCUGUCGUCUGCCAGAGCUUUGAAGUGGCCGAGGGCACGCCUUCUGGUGACGUACUGCGCGACCCGGCCGUCUUGAAGGCACUUCUCGAUAUGUACCAGGCAUCGGGCGACGGGCCAAUGGGCCAGAGCAACAUCAGCAUCGCCUACACGCCUCUUGUCGAUGGCUCGGGUGUUGUCUCGCCCGAAGCCAUUAAGGAGUUGCUUGCCCAACACGAAUGCUCGCUCACUACGCCCGCCGCUAAGGCCGUCCGGAGGCUGCUUGAGUCUCCCGACGAGGUGACCUUCCAGUACCUAUUGUUUCCCUCGCAGAUCCACAUCCCGGACACGCCCAAGAGCAUGGCCGAUUACAUCCUCCCCGUGCUUCCCGAGAACUACAUCACAGUCAUGACCAUCCUCAACCAGCCCUUCUCGCGCGGCAGCGUGCACAUUACGAGCGGGGACGUGGCGGCCAAGCCCGUGUGGAAGCCCAACUACAACGCCCACCCGCUCGACAUGGAGCUGCUCGCACGCGGCGUACAGUUUGUCGAGCGCCUCGUGGCGCCCUCGACGCCGCUCGGCGGGCUGCUCAAGGCGGGUGGCAAGCGGCUGCCGGAAAUUUCAGGGGCUGGCUUGGACGAGGCCAAGGAGAUUGUCCGUCGCCGUCAGAUCUCCAUCUUUCACGUCUCAGGCAGCUGCGCCAUGCUGCCGCGUGAGCAAGGAGGCGUCGUUGACGAGCGCCUGCGCGUCUAUGGCACCAAGAGGCUCCGCGUUGUUGAUGCCAGCAUAUUUCCCUUGGAGCCCGUGGGAAAUAUCCAGAGCACCGUGUACGCGGUUGCUGAGAGGGCAGCGGAUUUGAUUAAGCAGGACCGGGCUGAAGUAUGA